AUGUCAGAGUCUCGCCAAAGGCCUCCUUUUAAGGGCCCGAGAUGGAUUAUCACGCUCGUUGUUCUGGUUACAGUCGUUGUAAUCACGGCAUUAGUAUACCCUCCACGGAAUUCUGUGGCCUGCUAUAUGUUUUCUGGUCCUGGAUGUCCGUUUUACCAACAGUCUUUCUUCGUACCUACAAGGGAACUCACUGACACUGAAGCUGCUGCUCAGGUUGUGAGUAACGAAAUUAUGAACCUACCUGAAUCUAAGCCAGCGAAUCCGAAAGUUGCCUUCAUGUUCUUAACACCAGGGACUCUGCCUUUUGAGCCUCUCUGGGAAAUGUUCCUCCGUGGUCAUGAGAACAAGUUUUCCAUUUAUGUGCAUGCGUCGAAGAAAAGUCCUGUACAUUCAAGUAGCUAUUUUGCUGGUCGAGAUAUUCACAGUCACAAGGUUGCGUGGGGUCAGAUAUCGAUGGUUGAUGCAGAAAGAAGGCUAUUAGCUCAUGCUCUCAUUGAUCCUGAUAAUCAACACUUUGUGUUGCUUUCAGAUAGCUGUGUACCGCUAUUCGACUUUAACUACAUCUAUAAUCACUUGAUCUUUGCAAACCUUAGCUUCAUUGAUUGUUUCGAGGAUCCAGGACCACAUGGUAGUGGUCGGUAUUCACGACAUAUGCUCCCUGAGGUUGAAAAGAAGGAUUUCCGUAAGGGCUCACAGUGGUUUUCAAUGAAGAGGAGACAUGCUAUAGUCGUCAUGGCGGACAGCCUUUACUACACAAAAUUCAAGCUUUAUUGUAGACCGAAUAUGGAAGGACGCAACUGCUACGCAGACGAGCAUUAUUUCCCAACUCUUUUCAAUUUGAUUGAUCCAGGUGGAAUAGCAAACUGGUCGGUGACGCAUGUUGACUGGUCAGAAGGAAAAUGGCAUCCCAAGCUAUACAAUGCAAGAGACAUCACUCCUUACCUCCUCAGGAAAAUCAAGUCCAUCCAACUUGCUUACCAUGUCACAAGUGAUUUAAAGAAAUCGACGACAGUAAAGCCGUGUCUAUGGAAAGGAGAGCAACGUCCAUGCUAUCUAUUUGCUCGGAAGUUCAAUCCUGAAACUCUGGACCGGUUGAUGUAUCUCUUCCCUAACUACACCUCGCUGGUUUGA